AUGAAGAAGAAGUACCAAGGCAUGGCUAGAGUCAAGAGUGCACAAUUGCAGGCUCUUUGUAAAGAGUUUGAAUUGCUCCACAUGAAGGUGGGAGAAUUAGUCAAUGACUAUUUUGCAAGAACAUUGACAGUGGCUAACAAGAUGAGAAUUCAUGGAGAACAGAUGGGAGAUGUGGUGAUCAUUGAGAUGAUUUUGAGAUCAAUGACACCGAAGUAUGAUUAUGUGAGCAAUUUGCUUGUGCAUGAGCAAAGAAUUAUGGGUCAUGUGAUGGAAGAACAAGGCUUGAAAGUCAAUAGGGAGAAUCACUCACUAGGUGAGGUCGAGGCCGAGGAGGAUAUAGAGAACGUGGAAGAAGAAAAGGAAGAAUUGACAUGGCUACUGUUGAGUGCUACAAUUGUCAUGAGUUGGGCAUUUUGCUUAUGA